AAGACGACAAUGGGAGUAGAGGUGGGUGGUUGUUGUGUUCUCCUUCUUUCAUUGGAAUAAAGCCUAAGGUUUUGAGUUCUUACACUUUCUCACCUCACCAAACACACUCACUCUCUUUCCCUAAACGCAUGUCUCAGCCUUCAUCCGUCAACCCUGCUCCUCUUGCAGAGGCUGACACUGAUUCUUCCGCCGCCCCUUCCCUCUUCGAUUAUCAUAGUAUCGACCAAAAACUCAUCCAAAACAUCGUUUAUGAUGCUCUUGUCUGGAGCACUCUUCACUGCCUCCUCGUUGGAGAUAAAUCGGUUCAGAGAUCAGGAACAGUUCCUGGUGUAGGCUUGGUGCAUCUUUCGUUUUGCUUAUUACCCGGGCCAUUUCCUGAAAGUCACUGGAAGCAAGCUUGUGAAUUAGCUCCUAUUUUUAACCAAUUUGUUGAUCGGGUGAGUUUGGAUGGGAAAUAUCUCCAGGAAUCUCUAGCAAGAACUAAGAAUGCAGACGAAUUUACCUCCAGACUUUUAGAUAUUCAUUCCAAGAUGCUACAGAUUAACAAAAAAGAGGAUAUACGCUUGGCAAUAAUGCGUUCAGAUUAUAUGGUUGAUGAGAAGACUAAAUCACUUCUGCAAAUAGAGAUGAACACCAUUUCCACUUCCUUUGCUUUGAUGGGAACUCUUGUGACUGGACUUCAUAAGAGCUUAAUUUCUCAAUAUGGAAACAUCCUUGGACUAGAUCCCAAUAGGGUUCCUGCAAACAAUGCUGUCGAUCAAGCUGCAGAGGCCUUGGCUAAAGGUUGGAGUGAGUAUAACAAUCCCAGGGCUGCAAUCUUGGUCGUGGUUCAGGUUGAAGAACGAAACAUGUAUGAGCAGCAUUAUAUCUCUGCCCUUCUAAGAGACAAGCAUCAUAUUAAAAGCAUAAGGAAAACAUUGGCAGAAGUGGAUCAGCAAGGGGAAAUUCUGCCAGAUGGAACACUUUCUGUGGACGGACAACCAGUUUCAGUUGUUUACUUCCGGGCUGGCUACACACCAAAAGACUAUCCUUCAGAAUCAGAAUGGAGAGCUAGGCUACUGAUGGAACAAUCUUCUGCUAUCAAAUGCCCUUCAAUAUCUUAUCAUUUGGUUGGCACCAAAAAGAUUCAACAGGAACUUGCAAAACCUGGUGUGCUUGAGAGGUUUGUCGAAAACAAGGACCACGUAGCCAAAUUGCGUUCAUGUUUUGCAGGGUUGUGGAGUUUGGAAGACUCAGAUAUUGUUAAAAAAGCAAUUGAAAAUCCAGAGUUAUUUGUGAUGAAGCCGCAAAGAGAAGGAGGAGGAAACAAUAUUUAUGGCAAUGAUUUGAAGGAAAGCCUCCUUAAAUUACAGGAAUCUGGUUCUGAAGAAGAUGCAGCUUACAUCCUCAUGCAGAGGAUAUUUCCAGCCACUUUUCCAGCAAUUUUGGUGCGUGAUGGUAAUUGGAGUACGGAUCAUGUGAUUUCAGAAGCUGGAAUAUUUAGUACUUAUUUAAGGAACAAGGAUAAGAUUAUCAUUAAUAAGGAAAGUGGCUACACGGUGCGUACAAAAGUAUCAUCAUCUUAUGAAGGUGGAGUUUUACCUGGUUUUGGAGUGAUAGACACUGCAUACCUAACUUGAUGGAGCCAAGAUCCUUAGUUAUCACAUUCACUUCAAUUCAAAAUAUUAUGAAUGUUUUACAUGUAUCACCAUUAGUUUCCUCACUCCUGAUUGUGUUUGUUUCUCUCCUCAAACAGUGAAAGAAGAGAAGAUGCAUUGUUGUUGUCUCCUUUAGCUUUUCCUACGGAAUGGUGUCCGAUUAUCAAAUGUAUUUAUAUAAAUUUGGUUUGAACACAAUGAAAUGUUGGUGUAUUUGGUGCAGUAA